AUAACUACAUGUGAACUAGCUGGGAAAUACGUAUCGUAACUUGGUUCAUGUUAGCACAUUUAAUUAUUAAAACAAUCCUCAAUAACGUCCGUGAACAGAAUUUAUAUCGAGCUAGUUAUUGUAGAAAGUAACAACAUCAGAUAGUCGCUCGGCCAAAAAUGACUAUCGAUGUACAAGGUUUCAUUUGAAAUAACGAGAUGAACAUAAGGUUCGCAAUUAUCUUUUUUCAGCUACUGUCAUUUCUGGCCCAGAGACAACAUGGAUGAAGAACCUGAGAGAGCCAAGCGAUGGGAAGGGGGCUAUGAGAGGACAUGGGAGGUCCUGAAGGAGGAUGAAUCUGGCUCACUUAAAGCCACAGUGGAAGAGAUCCUGUUCCAGUCCAAAAGGAAAAGGGUGAUAGAAAGUCAUGAACAAGUGAGGCUUGGAAUGAUGCGUCACCUCUAUGUGGUGAUAGACUGUUCAAGAAGUAUGGAGGACCAGGACUUGAAACCAAACCGCCUAACCUCUACUCUAAAGCUGAUGGAAGCUUUUGUCGAUGAGUAUUUCGACCAAAACCCCAUCAGUCAGGUGGGCAUCAUUACCACAAAGAAUAAAAGGGCUGAGAAGUUGACUGAUCUGUCAGGAAAUCCAAAGAAACACAUCGCUGCUCUGAAAAAAGCAGUGGACACUGUGUGUGUCGGAGAGCCGUCCCUGUACAACUCUCUCAACCAGGCCUUACAAUCCCUCAAGCACAUGCCUGGACAUACGAGCCGGGAGAUCCUGAUAAUCCUCAGUAGCCUCACUACGUGUGAUCCAGCCAACAUUUAUGAGCUGAUCAAGACCCUGAAGUCUCUAAAGGUGCGGGUGUCAGUCAUCGGUCUGUCAGCAGAGGUCCGGGUGUGUACAGUCUUGACAAGGGAGACUGGCGGCUUGUACCACGUUAUCCUGGAUGAGAGUCACUUCAAAGAGCUUCUGAUGAUGCAUGUCAAACCUCCUCCAGCCAGCUCCUCAUCAGAAUGCUCUUUAAUACGCAUGGGUUUUCCUCAGCACACUGUCGCUGCUCUGACUGACCAGGAUGCCAAGCCUUCAUUCAGCAUGUCUCAUCUGGACAGCAGCAGUGGUCCAGGUCUGUCUCUGGGAGGGUACUUUUGUCCGCAGUGCCACGCCAAGUACACAGAGCUUCCUGUGGAGUGUAAAGUCUGUGGUUUGACUUUGGUGUCAGCCCCCCAUCUCGCCAGAUCCUUCCACCACCUCUUUCCCCUCCAAGCCUUUGUAGAGAGUCCUUUGGAGGAGCUCCAAGGAGACAGGUACUGUCAAGCGUGUCAAGGGGAGCUAAAGGAUAAAAGUAUUUUCACCUGCACAUCAUGCCACAGUGUGUUUUGUGUGGAGUGUGAUGUCUUCAUCCAUGAUACACUCCACUGCUGCCCCUGCUGUAUCCACAGUCAGGUCACCCCAUUGUGAGAGGCUAACUGCCAGGCUCAUGAUAUCCAUCCUGUCAGUGUUGUCCUCCAUUGUUAGGAUGGAGAUGGUGCACACAGGCUUUUCGACCAUCCAAAUGAGCCUAUUUCAAAAAUGUUGAAGAUUUACACAAUACAUAAUCAUUUGAAGGUGGAGGCAACUAUAUUCUUGCUAAAGAUGGUGCUGAGUUACUCCAAAGCUUCGGUCUGCUCUGGGAAAUGCAUCUGAGCCUCUUUGUGUCAGAAAUGUUUCUGUUGCUUUGUUUAUACACAGUUUUGUCCUACACUUCUGAUUGUGACAUGGUUUUCACAAUAAAACAGGUUUUUGUACUUGUUAAA